CACUAAGAACGGGAGCUGACUGUAUGUCUGUCAAUGUCUAUGAACUUACAGUGGCUAUUAACUAUAGUACUAUUAUUUAAUAUUUUUUUAGUAUAAUCAAGAUAUCACAGUGAUAGUGUCUGCAUUUUUCAAAACAAAUGUGAUGAUACAUUUUGAGGGCACAUUUCUUUCGUAUAGACUAAUUUACUGUUAGCUUGCUAAAAAUGUCUCGAAAAUGGUUUUGUUAUGGUUUGCCUCAAUGUCAUGCCAGUCGGAUCAUUCAUGCUAUGCUGUAUACUGUACAUAAACUAAAUAUGUAUUUUGUGUAAGAAAGAUUUAUGAUUUUCUUUUAUUGUAAAAGUAUUUUCUACGGAAGACUUCAAGGAAUUUGAUUAUAUUUUUAUAGAAAUUUAUUAUUUGAGUAUAUAUGUAGAUAAAGUUAAAGAGGCGUACGACGUACGCAUACUUAUCACAUAAAAUAAGAAUCAAAACUAUUAUGGCGGUAAUCUAUUGGGCGUUGUUCUCAACACCUGUUGCUUACUCUUGGGUUGUCGUUCCUUGGUUUGAACCCGUAUUUAACUUUAAAUUUAAAACAAUUUAGAAGCAGUGACUUUUCCAUUUUAAUCUAAACUAUGAUGUUACGAGAUUACAGCAAUGGGUAAAAGUGACGAAAGGGGCGAUAUUACAAUACGUGCAGGGGAGUCUACCUUUAUUCCAAAAACAUCAAGCGAGGCUAGCAAAAUGUUAGAAGCUGCUUUGUUACAAAUGGAUGAUAUUAUUUCUGGUGCUUGUAUAGAAAGUAAUAACGAAGGAACAGCAGAAUGGAAAGAUUCAGUAAAAGAAGCUACAAGAAAUCUUGUGACUGCAAUUAAGAGUUCCCCAAGUCUUCCUUCAACACCUGAUGCAGCAAGCAUAGAGAUUUUAUUGCAGUGGAUGCAACCGGUUCCGGGAAGAUUUGCCACUGAUUUGGCAGCGCCAAGCGUCUGGUGCCAAAUACCGAGCAGAGUCUCCUUUCAGCAGAGUCUUGACACCAAAUUCACAUAAAUCCUCACAAAGUACACUACCAAGCAUUUUACAUGUACAUACUUGAUCAAAACAGCUUGGCUGACUGAGUAUAUAUAUAGGAAAAUAAAAAAACCUUUACAAAUUCA